GGAAACAAAACAUUACAGCUUGAAAAAGCAAAUAGGGGCAAUUAACUCUCCGGAGCACCGUUAAUUAAUUAAUUUCACAUUAAUAAGCGGCUGAGACGUCUCCUCUCUAUCGAAGCGUCUUGUAAACACGUCGUUUUGUCAAUGUCAGUGAGUGCAACGUGUGAAUCCGUCCCUCAGGAGAGGACUCUGUCGAGCCUCCUCGCUGGUCGUGUGGUGAAGAGGCCAAAGCUGGAAGAUGGUCGGCGGCUGCAGGAGGCAGCGAUCCAGCUGCUGGAGCAGCAGCAGAACCUCUGCAGUCUGCUCAGGGAGGUUGGGAAUCCAGAUCCGAGCAGCAUUCUUUGCUCUCAGAAUGGAAAGCAGAAACCAGCAGCGUCUGACUGUAUCUCAUCUACCAUUGUGGGGUCACUGCUGGUGUGUGAGCUGAGGCAUCAGGCCAUGCAGCUGGGCGUCCCGCUGGUGGUGCUGUCCGUGAAGACGGUGCUUGAGAGACUGAUGGAGAUCACUGGCACUGAAGGAGAAGAGGAGGAGGAGGACAAAGACAAGAGGAGAGAGCUGCUCACUUCCUCUCAGAGAGUCCAGCUGUGUGUCCUCCUGGAGUCCAGCAAAGACCUGCUAUCACAGGGAGCCCUCUGCCCUAAGUUGCUGUGGCAAGAGUACAGGAGAGAUCAGCGGCUUCCCAGUCUGGAGGUGGUGUAUCAUCUUCAUGUUUACAGCAUCCUCACUCUCAAGUACAUUUUAGAGAGUGAUGAAGGCGUGAGGUCUUGGUUGGUGUCUCAGUUGAAGGCUCUGUGCAGUUGGACACCUCCACAGGGAGAAGAGGACACCAAACAAGUUCAACAGAAAGUGUUGUCAAUGCUCGUUGGAGUCUUGGUGGGAUCUGGCUUUGAGCUGAGUCCUGAACCAGCAGCUCCAGACAGGAGGGUCUCCCUGCUCUGCUGCUCAGUGCUCGAUGAAAUGCUCUUCUGGCUUCUGGACACUGUGGACAAGAGUCAGGCGUUGCAGUCUGCUGGAGCGGCAGCUGAGCUUUGGAUUCAAAUAUUUGAUGCUUCAUUAUGUGGAGUUUCAGCGUCAACGGAAGCCCUCCAGCGUUUCUUCACACACUCCCUCACUCAGACACUCACAUACAAGCCCCGACUAACAGUGUCAGAUGCCAUCACUCUGCAGAACAAGUGGACCUUUGCAAAAGCCAGCCGGUCGUUGACCUCUCUGUUCCGUAAACUGGCUGUGAUCUUCAGUGUGGAGCAGCUGCUGCGUCACCUGCAGCAGGUUUUGGAAACCCAUGAGGUCAACUGGAAACACGUCCUGUGCUUCUUGUCCACUUUGCUGGUUUACAACCCCUGCGCCCCGCCCAGCCUCAAAGAGCUGCUGUCCAGACUGCUGAGUUCUGCAUUCGAAAGCUACGACUUGGAGAACAUGAUAACUGCCUUUUUGUUGGCUCGGCAGGCUGCACUGGAGGGGACAGGCAUCUUCUCCUCCUACAGCGACUGGUUCAAGAUGUCCUUUGGUGGUGGCAGUGGCUACCACGCAACAAGUAAGAAAUCUCUGGUGUUCCUGUUGAAGUUCCUCUCGGACCUGGUUCCUUUUGAACCCCCACAGUACCUCAAGGUUCAUGUCCUCCACCCUCCAUAUAUACCAGUGAAACACCGCAGCCUCCUGAUGGAGUACACCGCUCUGGCCAAGACCAGGCUGGCUGACCUCAAGCCUCAGUGUCAGGCUGCUCAGGAUGUGGAUAAGGCAGUGUCUCUGUUUGAGAGCACAGGAAGAAUCUCUGCCACAGUCAUGGAGGCCAGUAUUUUCAGAAGGCCGUAUUUCCUGACACGAUUCCUUCCUGCUCUGCUGACACCCAGAGUGCUUCCUGUGAAAGCUGAUACUCAGAUGAGUUUCAUAGAAGCUUUGAAAAAAGCAGACAAGAUCCCUGCUGCCCAGUAUUCAUCUUAUGUGGAGGCCUGCCAGAGACAGAGACAGCAGGAGAAGAGCGCUGUGUGUCUGGACGUCAGCGAUGAUCCUCUGGAGGUCCUGAAAGUUCAGCUGCAGGAGUUCACAGAGCUGGUGGUUGAUGGAGAUGAUGGAGAGAUGCUGGCCCAGCUGUCGAGGAUCUCACACACACUGAGCGUCAUCUUCCCCGGCCGUCCUGACGAGCUUACUGAACAAACAGUCAUCAAAGUUCACAUAGACUCUCCUCUGGCCCCUGAACUCCAUGUCAAAGUCAUCAACAUGAUCCUGAGAAACUUCUGCCAGUGCCUGUUAGGCGCUUCUCGAGCAAACCCUCCUGAUAAACAAAGCCUGUGGGCCUCCAGGUUCGUCACUGUGCUUCUUGGUAACACACAGCUGCUCUCCAGCCUCAUACACAGACUCUGGGACCUGUUUCAUAACCAGGUGUCAUCACUGAGCGCUGCACACAUACUCGGUCUGGCAGCUUUUGUGGUCCACCUCCACGCCUCCAUGUCCCACAGUCCUCUGGUUCAGCUGGUCCCGCCCAUUCUGCCCGGAGCAGUACCUGUUGGAGAAGCUCUCAGCUCAGCGCUGGACUGCAGCACACACACUCUCAUGCUCUCCUGUGUCAGGUUGUGUGUGGCAGCUGUGAGUUACGGGCUGUGCAGAGGAGACUCACUGCCUCAGCACCAGCAGCAGGACUACAUCCUCAGCAGCCUCUAUAAGAAGCUUCUGUACCUCAUCCCGAGACUGUUGCCUGAGACCAGAAGGACUCCCGUCACUGCCGAUGGUCUGGUGGCUGAGAACCAGGAGGAGAACCUGCCGGGCCUGUGGAGCAGUGCCACAGACACCAACAGCACCUGGAGGAACACAGCUUGGUAUCUGUGGAGGCACACUGCUUUCCAGCAGCUACAACACAUACCAGAGUAUCAGUUGUUGUUCUCUGAAUGGCUGGUUAAAGAGCUCAGAGUACAGAGAAGUGAAGACGCCCUGUCUGACCCAGAACGUCAGGAGUACCAGCAGUGGGCCUGCUUGGAGUUGUACUGGUCUCGGCCGGAGGAGCAGGGAGGCUGUGGAGGAGACAUGAAGAGCCUCUGUUCUCAUCUCCUCUGUGCCAUCAUGGACCACCAGUUCAGUGACCAGAGCGUGAUGAAGUCAGAUCACAGAGUGUCAGCCACAGGGACCUGUCUGCCAGACAUCCUGUCCAGAUUACAGGAGCUCGUCUAUGAGAUGGAAGUGACCAGCGUCUCUGGCGGCUGGAGCAACAGAGCUGAUGUGUGUGACUUCCUGUUUGAGUUUGUGUCUCAGAGAUGCUCCUCUACAGUGAGCUCAGCUUCACUGAGUGUCAGCUCCGAGCUCAGCCUGCAACACACACUGAACACAUGGAACAGAGUGCUGCUGGCUCUCCCAGCGGUGCUGUUUGUCAAGGUGAAGGCUGAAGGAGGGAGGACGACUCUGGACUGUAACACAGUGAUGGAACAUGUCAACCAGCAUCAGAGGAAGGUGUGUUCUCCAGCCAGCCUGCUGCCACGCCAUGUAACAGCACACUUCCUGAGACACUGGUGGGAGUGUCUGUCUCCGGUGCUGGUGUCGCUGUGGAGUCGUGUGUGUGAUGGAGAGCCUCUACCAGAGCAGCUGCAGCUCCUCACUGACUGUCAGCUGUGGGCACACAGGUCAAUCCUCACUCUGUCUCUGACUUGGUUGUAG